CCGUGACCAACUCCAAGCUGUGGGUGCUGGACCGCCGCGUGUUCCAGCAGGUGAUGAUGCGCACGGGCCUCAAGCGCAUGGAGGACAACAUCAACUUCCUGACGUCGGUGCCUCUCCUGCAGAACCUCAACAAAGACCACCUGAGCAAAAUCGCCGAUCGCUUGGAAGUUGAUUUCUAUGCUCCCGGAACCUACAUUAUCCGACAAGGAACUAGUGGAGAUUCCUUCUACAUCCUGCGCUCAGGGAAGGUCCGGGUUACGCAGCGGAUACCAGGCAAGGGCGAGGAGGAGGAGAUCCGCGUCCUGGAGAAGGGCAGCUACUUCGGCGAGCAGGCGCUGCUGCGGGAGGAGUGCCGCACCGCCAACGUGAUCGCCAUGGCGCCCGGCGUCGAGUGCCUCACGCUGGAUCGAGA